GGCACUUAUGUCCAGUUUGUUGAUGGGAAGAAAACUGGUUCGAGCUGUUUAAAGGCCAAGACAGCACAACAAGUGAUCAGCAAAAGCAGAAAAAUAACAACUGCUGUGAGUUUCGGAGAUCAGCCAUGGGCAUUAAAGGUUUGCAGGGAUUUGUGGCAAGAGUUUGCCCUGAUGCAUGCAGAAUGGUAGAUCUGAGAGAAAUGGCAGAAAAACAUCGCAUCGAUCAUCCUGAUUUCCCACCUGUUAUUGUAGUAGAUGCCAUGAGCUGUGUUAGAUACUGGUACACACCAGACUCCUGGGUGUGCGGUGGCCAGUGGAGGGAGUACCUUGACAUUUUAGAGGAUUUUAUUAAAGCUUUUAUGGCAGCUGGUAUCAAGUUAGUGUUUUACUUUGAUGGAGUGGUAGAAAAGAAAAAGAGGGAUGAAUGGAUCAAACGGAGGUUGCAGAAUAACAAGGAAAUAGCCAGAAUAUUUCAGUUUAUCAAGACUCACAGGAAACAACCGGGAAGAGAAAUGUUCACUGUUCCUUCAGCUUUGCCUACUUUUACACGUUUUGCCCUGAAGUCACUUGGUCAAGAAACAGUAUGCACAUUGCAGGAGGCAGACUUUGAGGUGGCUGCAUAUGGUUUGCAACAUAACUGCAUAGGAAUUCUUGGGCAAGAUAGUGACUACCUCAUCUAUAAUACCUGCCCCUACUUUUCCAUUGAGAAGCUGCGUUUGGACAGACUAGUCACUGUUAUGUACUCUCGAGAAGAUCUUUGCCGUGCAUUGGGUCUUAGUUUGACACACCUCCCUCUCUUUGCUUGCUUGCUUGGUAAUGACAUUGUUCCAGAAAGCUUGUUGGAAGGCUUUUGGCAGAAAUGUUUAGUCAACAGUCCCUGCAAGAAUAACAGCUACAACAGAAGAACAAACAUACUUCUAGCUGUGGCAAAUUACAUCUCACGUGUUCCAUGCUCCUACAGCAGCCUGAAACACUUGGAAGAGGUGUUGCCUUUGGGAUCAGACAAGACAAUACUUUACAGAGGAGUGGAGUCCUAUCUUUUGCCUGGGCAGCAGUCUCCCUGGAUUCCUCCAAACAUAACAAACUGCCAAACAUUCUCCCUUCAACAACAGACUGAACUGUGUCAAGAUAAAGAAAUCUUUCAGUUAGCUAAAGAACAGCAUAUCCAAUCUGAGAAUUAUACAAUCUUCAACAUCCUGAGUAAUGGAGAGAUCGAGUGCAGCAACUCUUUGGAAGAUGAAUGUGAUAUGGAAAUUCCUGGACAGGCACUUAUCUACCGUCCUGCUCGUCAGCAUAUUUAUUCUGUCUUGUUGGAGUCUGGAAAAGGUGGACCCUAUCCUUUGGUAAAAGAGUGGUUUGUCUAUUUUGGAAAUCCUCUCCAGCAGCCAGAGCUGAUACAACCUGUACAACCUUCUAUUCCAGGUGGAACACCUAAUUUGAAAACACUGUGGUUUGCCAAAGGACCUGAUGUGGAAAAACAACGGUAUAGUACAUUUCUGGCAUGCUUUCACCUUCAGGACAGGAUGGAAGAUCUCCAAGCUCUAGAAGCACCUGUUGCAGCAUUCUGCUGCUUGCUGACCUAUCUUAUGAUGCAGGUCAGUAGCCUCUCUCUGGAGGACUUAAAUGCAUUUGUGGCACUCAUUCUCUGCCUCAAAGGGAAGUCAGCUGCUCAACUGGCGGGUUUGCAGCUUGCACAAGUGGACUCCAGAGGUGUACAUCUUGGCGCUGUCUUUGUUCGUGGCCUUACGACUUUGCUCAUGGCCAAUAGUGCCUGUGGCUUUCCAUUCAGAAUGGAUGAUUUGAUGCCUUGGGAAGUGUUUGAUGGAAAACUUUUCCAAGAAAAAUACCAGCAGUCACACCAAGGUUGCCCUUUGGAAGAGCUUUUGGAAGGCAAUGAGUCUUUGUAUACACCCUUCCAGAAUCUGAAGUCUUUCAUUUGCAAGGCUUGCAUGGCGAAGAAAAGAACAAUACAGAGCAGACCAAGAGGGAGUGGAUUUGUCACAGAAACACAACAAAGAGAAUUUAAUCCCAGGUUCCAGCAAACACACAGAAGUUCUUUUGUUCCUCCAUAUCGUCACCAGAUGAGGGGGUUCCUAUGGAGAAAUCCUCAACCACAAGGUAGAGAAUAUGGAUUGGGAUAUCCAGACCGGAGGAGAAGAUUCCACCUUCCUCCUCGAUCACACAGGUGACCCUGCUUAUUACUGGAAGCGAAUGAAAACGGAUAAAAGAACAAGAUACAUUUUAAUGAAAAGCUGUAUGCUGAAGAUCAUGAAAACUUCAUCAGUAUUUAAAAAAUGGUGGUGGGAAGAUUCUAAUCAGAAAUUUAUCAUGCCUCAUUUUCAGUUCCAUUUUAAUUUGUAUACUUUUUUUCUAGCCUAUAGCUUAGAGAAGUGAAUUAUGAAAUGCUGUGAAACAACUAAUAUAUAAUUUAGGUUCCAGCUACUAUUGUUUGAAGCGCUUGACAAAAACCUUGUCGACACAGUUACAAAAAAUGAAAAAUUAUGUCUAAAAACUAGAGUCCAGUCCUAGGUGUUGAAAAAGGCUGCAAAAAUUUAAUUAAUCUGAUUCUGUUGUGAGAACUGUGUCUUCCAUUAAAGCUUUUUGCUAUACGAGGCUGAAAGUGCCUGGUCUUGGACAAAAAAGGGUACUUCUAAAGUGUUUACGGUCAUAUCACAGUUAAAAAAUGUUACUUUUCUGUCACGUGGCUUACUUUCAUAGUUCCUCAGCCUCAGAGAAUAAGAAAAGGGUAGCUAAAACAUUCCAGAAAAUUAUAAAAUUAGUUUCUAUGUAAAAAACUGCUACAGCUUUUAUUUUGGGGCCUUUCAGAGCUGAGUCAAAUGCGUAGUCCUCUUCUGGAAUACCUACAAUUCUCUCUCUUCCAUAUGUAGUGAGUCAUUUAUGAAACAUUUAAGGUUUAUGCCAGACCUCAUAUCUGUCUUUAGCCUCAAAGUAAAGGUGUCGGUGCGAGCCUUUGGCCAGUAUAAUUUUGGAGGAAAUUCUAAGUCAAGGGGAAACUAACAGAUGAUUCGAAUGCAUUCUUUUUUUUUCUUUUUUUUUUUCCUCUAAGUGGCAGUUGUUUGAAGCCCACAGGGUAAAAAUUUUUCCCUGUUGAUAUUAUUGGUGCAUCUUUUGCAGAUAUUAGUGGCACCAUGAUUUUGCUCCAUACUGCUAAGGUAGUCCCAAGAGAUUAAUUAAAUGGACAGAGUACCGGUGGGACAAUUGGGUAUCUCCUGUAUUAAUUUUUACUGGUCUAUUACUCAUCACACAGACUUUAUUACUAUUUUGGAGAUAUGUGUAUUUUUAGAAUAGUACCUAAGUAUACUUUAAAUGUCUUUUAGAAGUGUUUAGCAUGAAGAAAAAGCAUUAUUUUUAUAUUCCAAGGAGAAAAGUUAGCUCUAAUUUUGAAAUCUAUUUUCAGGAGUACUAUAGAUAUUGUACAAAUUGCACUUCUCUUUAUGAUACAGUGUUUACUAACUUCAACUCUGUGGGUUUUAAUCCAUUAUUGUUCAGUUAAUUUGGUUUCUUAGGCCUUGUGCAGGUAACCUCUUUGAGUCAACUGUCAGUGGAACUUAGUUCCUAUUCACUGUACGUGUUAUGUCGAAGUGAAUAGUAUUGUCAGACAUACAUAGCUCGUUACUAUAAUUUCCUUGCAUGUAUUUUUCUCGUUGUAACUCGAUAAAUAUAUUCUUUCAUGCUCUGCAUAUAGCAACAGUCCAGCUAAACUGGUAAAUUGGUAGCAAUACAGGAUUUCUAGUUGUAUUAGACGUUUGAGCAGACACAAUUUUUACACAACAUGGUGUCUGAGUUGCGUUCCAGGGAUCCUGUCAUGAUAGGGGCAUUCCUGCUUCUUUUCUCUGUUGAUUUGUCACUGCCUGUAAUUGUAAUAUCACUUUUUUUCUCUUUUUCCCCCCAAAACCUUUUGGAAUAAUAUGGUCUGAGUUUUAUGGAAAGUUCUCUGGUUUCAGAAAUCUCAUAAUGUAUAAUAGUGUAUUUGAAAAGAAUGUAACUGUGUGCCAGAAUUUGUUGGUAAUUCCCCCUUCAGGCUUUGAUAUGAGAAAAGAUUUCUGUUGGCCUCAAUAAACAAAGUUAAAUACA